UACUGCACGUCAAAUUUAUUUACGUUUACCAAUUACCUAAAUAUAACGCAUGUCACGCUGUAUAAAAAACCGAGCUGAUUUCAAUUGAAAAGCAAUUACCCAACAACGUUCUCUUUACUGUAUUGGGUUUAUCUAUCGACAUCCGCCGACCUUUCACCAUUACAAAGUGUUGUGUAGCCGUCUUCAGGUCUGAGAUGAUUUGCUUCAAGUUUGUGUUAACGUUGCUUUUGAACAUCUCCCUCGUUCGAACGCUGAAAGUAUCCGAUCUAGACGAGCAUGACUACGACUGCAUGAAGUUGUUGAACCUAACGGUGGACUUCGUCAUGGACGGCUUUAACCGGUACAAUUUUUUGACGGUUGGAGAUUCGGAACUGAACGAGUUUGUGAGCUGCUCCUGGUCCAAGGCGGGGUACUUAACUGGGGGGAGCAAAAUCGACGCGAACAAGAUAAAGGUUUGGAUGCACGAAAAUUUAGUGAAGAAAACGCCUGACGCUAAGGUAACCGCUGAAGAUCUAGUUGAGCCUUGCAGGGACGUAACGGGGAGGGAUUCUGGAGAUACCGUUGUCAAAGUUUACAACUGCAUGAUGACGAUUUGGUGGCAAUCCCGUUGGUAGCCUUCAUGUAAGGAUAUUUUAGCCGUUUGAUUUGCAUGUUACCAGCAGUUUGGUUUGUCCUUAGAAGACUGUGUUUGUGCGGUAGUGCUCAUGGGAUAGUUUGUAACAGUUGCACAUCCCGAGGAGACAUGGGUCAGGGCUCGUUUCACAAUACCAUACGAAAUUAUACAUCAGGGUGUCCAUUCUCUAUGGAAUAUAGUAUACAGGAUGUUUCUAAAUUCACGCACACGGACUGUGGGAUGGUGUUAUACAACGAAAACUGAAAAGUUCCUCUACCAGUUUUUGAUCAG